CAUUUUCAUUCAGUUCUUGCAGGCUGUGGGCUUGUAACAAGAGUUCAUAUAAUGGAGGAGUAAAGCACAAAGGCAGACAGCAUCUUUUUGUGGACCAUCUGGACUGAAGCACCAGUAGUUGCUUCUCUAAUUGAAGAUUUUUAUUUAAUAUUUGAACCUCAUCAAUGAGAUACUUUCGACUCACAUUCAAGUGCUUUGUAGAUUGCUUCUGAAUCUUCAGUUUUAGUCAUCUGUUUUUUUAAUUACCUUUUCGGAUUAUUUUUAUAUCAUUCAAUAGACAGAGAUAUAUAUAUUUAUAUAUAUAAAUAUAUAUAUAUUAUAUAUUAAAAGAAAUAAUAUAUCCUUAGAAAACAAUGCCUGCUGUGCUGAAGGACAACAGCUCAGCUGACAGUGGGAGCUCGGAUGCACCAGAGAUGGAAGGCACGGAUCCUGUCUGUGGAGUGGAAAUGGUGCCAGAGGACAAAGUUUCGACAACCCCUUUAGUGGUUUCAACAGGAUGUGUUGCAAUACCAGUACCUGAACGUGAAACCUGGACCCGGCAAAUGGACUUCAUUAUGUCCUGUGUGGGGUUUGCAGUAGGACUAGGAAAUGUUUGGAGGUUCCCAUACUUGUGUUAUAAAAAUGGAGGAGGAGUAUUUUUGAUUCCUUAUCUGCUGAUUGUCUUUGUUGGUGGCAUUCCUGUUUUCUUCUUGGAGAUCGCUUUGGGGCAGUUUAUGAAACAGGGAGGGAUUGCAGCUUGGAACAUUGCUCCGCUCUUUAAAGGACUUGGCUUUGCUUCCAUGGUGAUUGUGUUCUUCUGCAACACCUAUUACAUCAUGAUCUUGGUGUGGGGCUUGUAUUAUCUGGUGCACUCCUUUACAGACAACCUCCCAUGGGCAACCUGUGGUCACUCCUGGAAUACCAAAUUAUGCACAGAGAAUUUUCAACAGGACCACUGUGACAACGGGACCACUAUGAAUGGAAGUACCUUCAAUAUUAGCUGUGAACAGCUGGCGGAAAUGCGUUCCCCCAUCAUUGAAUUUUGGGAGAACAAAGUGUUGCGCAUUUCUGGAGGCUUAAAUGAACCUGGCGAGAUCAACUGGCAGAUGACAUUGUGUCUCCUAGCAACCUGGGUCAUUGUUUACUUCUGCAUUUGGAAAGGGGUGAAAACAACUGGCAAGGUCGUAUACUUCACUGCUUUGUUCCCUUAUGUCAUUCUAAUCAUUCUUUUGGCUCAUGGAGUUACUCUUCCUGGAGCUCUGGAUGGAAUUGUCUACUAUCUUAAACCUGAUUGGUCCAAAUUGACUGAAGCACAGGUCUGGAUUGAUGCAGGCACUCAAAUAUUCUUCUCAUAUGCUAUUGGCCUGGGAGCGCUAACGGCUCUGGGCAGCUACAAUCGAUUCCACAACAACUGCUACAAGGAUGCUUACAUUCUGGCUGUCAUCAACAGUGGCACCAGCUUCUUUGCUGGCUUUGUUGUUUUUUCUGUACUGGGCUUCAUGGCAUCAGAACAAGGUGUUGACAUCUCCAAAGUGGCAGAAUCAGGACCAGGCUUGGCCUUCAUUGCUUACCCCAAAGCUGUCACACUGAUGCCUGUUGCUCCUCUCUGGGCAGCUCUCUUCUUCUUCAUGCUCCUUAUCUUAGGUCUUGACAGCCAGUUUGUAGGUGUUGAAGGUUUCAUCACAGGGAUAAUGGACCUCUUCCCUGCCUCAUAUGCCAGCGUUAUCCGUCGUGAGGUUGUCGUUGCUUUCUGCUGCUUUAUUUGCUUCAUCAUUGAUCUCUCCAUGAUAACAGAGGGAGGGAUGUACAUUUUCCAGCUGUUUGACUAUUAUUCUGCAAGUGGGAUUACGCUGCUGUGGCAGGCAUUCUGGGAAUGUGUUGUAAUUGCCUGGGUAUAUGGAGCGGAUCGAUUCAUGGAUGACAUAGCUCGUAUGAUUGGAUACCGUCCUUUACCCUUCAUGAAGUGGUGCUGGGCAGUGAUAACACCUUGUGUUUGUGUGGGAAUUUUCCUCUUUCAUGUAGUGAACUACAAGCCACUGACCUACAAUAACAGCUAUGUGUAUCCAUGGUGGGGAGAGGCUAUAGGCUGGUGUCUGGCACUGUCCUCCAUGCUCUGCAUCCCUGUUACUGUCAUCUGCAAACUUCUUCAUAGCAAAGGCUCACUACAAGAGCGUUGGCAACAUCUCACUGCCCCAAUUUGGGGUCACCACCAUUUGGAAUAUCUGACUCCUGAGGCAGAGACAAAGCUACUUCCACCCGUUGACACCCUCAUCACAUCAGCUCUGGAGAAAGCCACUCUGUUUGAGACUGUCAUAUAGAAGAUCUUCAACACAGCGGGCUUGAUUUCUCUUGUGUGUGUGUAUGAAUGUAUGAUUGGGAGGGAAAUAACUUGCUUCUUCCAGUUAGUAGAAAUCCCAGGUAUGCCAAGUUUAUCUUGUGAGCCAUAGAAUCUAUAUACCAUUUCAUUAGGAAAGAAAUGUAAUGCUGAGAUCUAGUGCUACUCAUGUGCUCAACAAUAUAACUAAGGAUGACUGUCGUAAAUUUAACAAAACUACAAAUGUGCUGAAUUUCUUCAUUCUAUUCUUCCAUUGUAAAGUAACUGAUAACCUGCCAUCAGACUCUUAACAUUUCAUGAGCAGAGUUAUGACGUUUAUAUUUUUGGAAUAAAGGCAAGAAAUUAGAUAUUACAGUUAAAUAAGACUGCUAUUUAGGUCCAUAGGUGUGUUUUAAAACAAUUAUUGACAUAAAGGGUACAGUUUGUAAGCACUGUUAUUGCCAUUAUUGAAUCAAUCUGAUCAUCCACUUUCUCCAGGGCCUAUCUCUGUCCAGAACUUGUAGCCUGUAGUAACAGUCCUGGUAUGGAAUGUUAGAGUACAACUAACCUGAGAAUGGAGGAAAUGUUAUGAGAAAAAUACUUGUCUAGCUGUUUUAGGUAGCUUUUAUUUUUAUUCCAUAAAUGUAUCAUUUAGCUUUUCUUUCUGUAGAGAUAUACACCCAUAAAAUUGAAUUGGGGAUGGUUGUCAACUAAGAAUGUGUACCCCACUUUUGCCUGCAGUGUUUUCUCCACCUGAAGGCAUGUAGGCAGCUGGAUACAAGAUCCUCCAUUCUAAAGUGAUUGUCUCAUGUGUGGCUGUGGGGGCUAUGAACACUGUAUACUGUAAUUGAAAGACAUUUGCUCCACAAAAUGUUUAGUUAUUGUGAAGUAGAUUCAUGCUGCUGUUACACAGCUAUUGAUUUGUUCAGUUUGACCUUACGUACUUUUAAUAUUAAUCUGUCUUCCUUGACCAGGUAGCCUACAAAUUCUUCAGGCUAUACUGCAGGGAAUCUCAUUUCAGUCAUCUAGAUUUAUUUCCACUAAUCUUGCUAUGAUUUGUCUCCAUUUUGAUGCAUCACUGACUGGAUCUCAUGCACUCAGUCCAAAUUUACCCUUUUUAGCACCCAACCAAUAUAAAUGAGUAGUGGGGGACAGGCCAAGAACGUCAGCCAGCAGUGGUUAGAUUCUGCAACAUGCUUCUGGAUGAAAAAAUAGCUUUUCCUUAAUUAGUUACCACUCCUUGGUUCAGAUGAGCAAUCAUGUUCAUCAAGGUCUGUUGCUUCCAAAGACAUCUUUGUCAUCCGAGAGCUACAACUCUGCUUUUUUUCCAGGUGUUAGAAGCUUGCUGUCUUAGCCCCUUUCCAGUAAUGUCCAUUUACUAUUAUUUAAGCAUAGAAUUAAGCUUAUUGCUUUAUUUUGCAUGUGUUAUCUUAUUAAUGCAUUUAAAAUAUUUGUGGCAAUUAUAAAGAAAUUGUUAAAUGAGACAAAUAUUCUUAAUCACUCGACUAUGUGGUUUAUCAUAUUUAUAUAUAUAUUUCACUGAAAAAUACAUGUCUCUUAUUUCUGGGUAUGUGAUAUAACUAUUUUAUGCUUUUAGAGCACCGAGCUAUGAUUAUCCCGGUCUCCAUUAUGAAUGGUAAAUUGCAAGGAAUUAUUGUUCAUUUCCUUCCUGGUUAAGUUUUCAACCAUCUGUGAUCUCUUCAAAACCUGAAACAUAGGUAAACAUCUGGUUUUCCUUAACAAGCUUGUCACUGUAAUUUACUAAGUUACUGUUUUACAUUCUUCACAUAAGGCAACCUAUGUACUUUAUGAAAGUUUGCUUUCACAAUGAUGAAGGCAGCUGUUAAUCAUGAAAAAAAAAAAUAAGCUUAGCAGAUAGGGAUCAUCUUCUUCCACUUAUCUUGCCAUGAGUAUAGAGGGUGAGUUUCUCAUGGGUUACAUAAAACUUCUACAAUAUCAGGAAUUUGUCAUUCUGAUUUCUGAACCUGAUGCUCAAAGACCUGUUAAAACAUUUUAUCCCUACAACCUAUACAGCCAGUUCUUCUUAUCUAACUAUUAAGCUACAUAGUUCAGCAUUCAGCAUCAACAAAUUACUAAAAGUAUUUUGUACGGUAUCAGUGGUUUACCUUUCAAGCUUAUGACAUACUGGCCUUUAAGAAGCUUGUUGUCAUAAUACCAGACUGAUGUUUUCUACUUCUCACAUGCAAAGUAAGAUGAUUUCUGUAGCAAAUUAAUGAAUUCCUGAUAGAAAAGGAUAGGAAAGGAAAGUCUUCCCAUAACAUUGGAAGGCACUGUGCAAUGUAUGGACCAUUUUUUUCUGUUAUUGAUAUUUAUUUUUAAUGUUAGAUUUCCUGAUCAGUGUUAUAUCCUAGGUCUCUAUAGCACAAUUUACAAGUAUCUGAAUCUUCUGAAACAGAAUUACAUAGUGGCACAAAAUUAUGUAUUUAAAUAUCAAAAUGAGCCUUAGUAUCUGGUAUUUUAUGGCACCUAUUUAAAUUGGCAUGCUUAAUUAGUUAUAUACAAUCCUCUUUGAAAAUCAUGCUAUAAAACAUAAAAAGAAAGCAAAUGCCUUGUGAAAUGGUGUCAGAAGAAGGAAAUGAUGUAUCAGCCUGUUUUAUUAUCCUUACUAUGUUUCUCUUUCCCAGUUUAUGCAUGCACACAAUAACAAGUACAUGCAUUACAUGUAAUUAUUUCUUGCCUUGCUUCUGGUAGUAUUCGGUAGCAGAUUAGAUCACAUUCUAAGGUCUAGAUCUGCUUCUGAAGUAUACAUAUUCUGUUUGUGCCUGAAGGAGGUGCUACCCUCCCUCACAACCAAAUCUCCCUUCAGCACAGUCAGUUGCUCUCAUUCUGCCAGCAUUUUCAUGGUUAUUCCGUCUCACCCAGUUUUGAACUGAUAGCUCCAAUUACUUUUUUUCCCCGAGUGUACUGUUUAGAUGGUUUUCCUUCUUCAGAUGAUGUCUAUUUCUCUGUCAGCUUAAUACCAUCAUCCCCUCAGUAGUUUAGCUCAUUGACACUGCCCGCACUGGUAACUCUGGGUUUUUAACCAUGCCUGCAGUGCUAUUUGUGUGGGCUACUUUGUUCCAUUCAAGACAGUAGCACUGGGAAGACAGACCCACACCCAGUGCUUUGUUUCCACUAUAGCUUAGUCAUGGUACUGUAUCUAUAGCAUUUAGUGCCAUGACUGACCACAAUGAAUGUAAGAAAAUGCCUCUGGCUAGAAAAGACAUGCAAAACGUACUACUGUUCAUUUGAAAAUAUUUUCUUACGUUCAGUUUCUUUACUCUCCAUUUUAAGGAAUUGCUGUCCCGCCUGUUCACAGUAAGGAAUGUGACAUAUAAUUAACUACCUGUAGCUGUUAAUGAGCAUCAAUGAGUUAAGACUAUGCCUGCCACUGAAUUUGUUCUAAAAAUGCACUUGUUUAUUCUAAUAAUAUCUUUUUGUUACCGGAAAAUAUCAUUUUUGCCUUCACUAUAAUAAAUGCAGUCAGUAUAGUAUGGUUGAAAGCAUGUUUUGCUGUUUCUUGUGCAUGUUAUUAUUUUUAGUUCUAAGUCAUACUGUCUAUCUUUCUAGGGCAAUUCACAAUGUUUUAUAUGUUCCUGUUUUCCUGAUGAAUUCUGAUCAGUGACUUGAACAUUAGUAAUCUGACCUCGGCCUCUAAUACCAUUUGCUAUACAGCUUAGCACUUACUUGGCUUUUACUACUGCUGUAUGGUGUUUGCUGUGUGUUUUGGUUCAUUUAGGAUGAUUGCUUCAAAUUCUACAUGACCAGAGAAUCUUUAUCUCAAGUUUGCAUGUUCUUGGAAAGUGGUAGCCCACUUGAGAUUGUUCAUCUUCUAGUUCAAGUCUCCUCGAAUGUGUCUGCCCAUUUUUUUUAUAAGAACCAAAUUAUGCUUUGAAAUAACCAACAUAAUCACUAAGAAAUAUGAUGGUCAGCAUAAACUUGACCACUGACCCUGAGGUAAUGACACCAACACUCAGCUUUGUUCGUCUUUCUUGCCUUCAGUUGUUAACUCUUCUAGCAUACCCGACCAUUUGGAGCCAACAAGUAAUUGUUUGGAAUUUUCCUUUGCAAGUCUCCAUUUCUGUAUUUCCUCCUUGGUGACCGCCGCAUUUUAAUCUCUGAUAAAGAUGGAGCACACAAAGCAUCCCAGUAUUUUCUUCCUUCACUUCUAGCUUCCCGUUUACUUGUGCUUGCUUUAUCUGUGUUAAUAAAAAGACUUUAUUACCCCUCUAAAUGAACCACGAAUAAAGGGCAAUUCUGCCAAUGAAAAAGUAAGCCUUAUAACAUGCAUCCCUAUGGCAGUUACAUUAAGGCAGUUAUGGUGGAUAGAACAGACUUAGAGACAUUCAAGGCACAGCUAGGUUUCCUGUAGAUAGUAUCCAGACUAAAGAAUCCCUGCUGUUUUCUGCUAUGGAUUGUGAAGGGUAUGGGGGUGGGGCAUGAGUAAGACAAAAUCACCAUACCUCUCAAGUGUACCUCAUUACUAGGAAUGUACCUCAUUUGGGGUCUUAAAAAGUUCAUGUUCCUUGA